UGGUGACGCGUCCAGCAGGCACCGCUCCCCUGGCAGCCCGGAGAGGCGGAGUUAACUAACUUUCACACUGGUUGAAAGAGACGACGGAUACUAGAUAAUGUGUUUAGCCGGACCAGCUGACCCCUUGUGAGGGUUAAAGUGCUUCUACUUUAUUUCUUUUAAUGUUUUUAUAGCUCUGGAGCACCUUCAAAAUGAUGCGCUUCCUGCUGCUCUUCAGUCGCCAGGGGAAGCUGCGUCUGCAGAAGUGGUUCACGCCCAUGUCAGAACGUGAGAAGAAGAAGAUCAUCAGGGACAUGACCUCCAUGGUGUUGUCACGGCAACCACGCUCCUGUAACUUCCUGCACUGGAGAGACUUGAAGAUUAUUUACAAGAGGUACGCCAGCUUGUAUUUCUGCUUGGCCAUAGAGAACCAGGAGAAUGAGCUGAUAGGGCUGGAGAUUAUUCAUCGCUACGUGGAGCUGCUGGACAAAUACUUUGGCAAUGUGUGUGAGCUGGACAUAAUCUUUAACUUUGAGAAGGCCUAUUUUAUCCUGGAUGAGUUUCUCAUGGGCGGGGAGAUACAGGAAACCUCCAAACAGACGGUGAACCGCUGCAUCGAAGCCUCGGACAUGCUGCAGGAGACCAUGGAGGAGUACAUGAGCAAACCAGCAUUUUAAUCCAUCCAGGGAAAAAAGGACUUAAUGUAACAGCAGGAGGAAUUCGGGAGCCAAAUGUACUUUUGAUGAGUCGAAGAAGUUUCUGAAAAUGAAAACAAGGAUAACUUUCAUACUACUGAACCUUUUCAGAAGAAGAAAUAUUUAAUGUCUGCUUUCUUUCUGCCUGCAAAGUUACUUCAUUUGAGAGUAAGUCUAAUGUUUUUCAUAGUUGCACACUCAGUAAACAGAGGGUUUUUACAUUGAUUGCUGUGUUGAAUUUGAAUGAAGUAGUAGUAGAAGUUCAGGUUAUGAAAAUUAUGAAAAUGAAGUAAUUUUAGACUAGUAAGAGUUUAAAUCUGCAUUUAUAUUUAAACCAUGUGUAAAUAUGUGUUGGAAGUUAAUUAAUCCAUUAUUUAAACACUACAAAUUGAUUGUUUGAAAUACAAAAACAUGUUAAAAAUCGAUCUUUGUGAUUCCAGAAUGAACCAAUAAUAGGCUCUGCCUUUACACCAUCAAAAACACACAAACAUCUCUCUUUUUUUGAAUUUGUAUAACUAUUACUCAUGUUUUGCCUUUAAAAAACAGUUUAUAGUGUGGGUGUGAAUAUCAAUACUUUAUAUAAUGUGCAAUGUAUGUUGAGUCUUAUGAUUAAAUAUGUAUUUUGAUAACCAUUUGA